UAUAUCGAAGGAUUAGCAUGCAUGAUAUAUUACGAAUAAUUGAAAAUUCAAGAAUAGUAUAAUGAAAUAUUGAAAGUUGUAUCAAAAUCCUCAACUUUGGUGUUCAUAACCAAUCCCAAGUAUCUCUGCCAUGAAGUAGGCGCACGUUAAGGGCUUCUUGCUAACGUACACCCCUCCAUUGCAAUGACGAGGAAAAAGAAAACACAGAGGAAUGAGGUUAGUGAAGUGAACGAGGAAGCAUCUGCUCUCCUUCAUGAUGAAGUUUCAAGACCCAAAAACCAAAACCAACUGAGAAAAACAAUACCCAGUAAACCCGAUGGAAGUCAAUCUGCGAGGGUGGCGCCACCAGUUGUUCUGCCUCAUACGAGCAACAGUCCGCCAUCACCGGAGCUUAUGGAGACGAUAAAGGCAUACCAUGAUUCAGUUUAUCAACAUUUACUUACCCCGUCUGAGAAUCCUGUGAUUUUGACUCGACCACCUUCAAUGGUGAACGUCAUGGCUGAUGCUUUGGAGAAAGGGUUCAGGGGGAUUCAGCGAUGGUGAAGAUGACGGAACUCAUGAAGAAUCUUAAUGAUGCCUUAGGAUUGAAUGUGAAUGCUGGAAUUCCAUAUGUGAACCCUGGAAUUAGUGAAACAGAGCAACUCCGUACAGAGGGUGUUUCACAAACUCAAUCUGUUCAACGACGACUUGAGAUGGAGGCACCAUGGACUAGCUUGUUCAAACCUACCAACCUUGCUGCUAAAGGUAUCCCCUUAUCCUUCAUUGCACCUACGAUUUCAGAUGGUGAACCAGUUGCAAUUUUGGAUAAAACAGAUCUCGAUAAAAUGGUUAGUAAAUGGGAUGCUGCCUUAAUCAUGUAUGUUGUAGGAGAGGUGCCUUCUAUUGGUGUUGUUCUGAGGUUCUUUGCUAAGGAUUGGUCUCAUUUGAGCAAACCUCAGGUGUUGUUUCAUGAGGAUGGAUACUUUGUAGUUCGUUUUGCUACAAAAAAGGAAAGAGAUGAGGUGAUUUGUGCAGGUCCUCAUACCUUUCAAGGUAGACCAGUGAUUGUUAAGCCUUGGUCAUCUCAUUUCAAUUUCCAAAAUGUAGUGCUUAGAGUUGUUCCUAUUUAGGUGAAACUGCCUAAUCUUCCUUUGACUUGCUGGGGUUCUGACUCACUUAGUAGGAUAGGUAGUCUCCUUGGAACUCCCUUAUUUGCUGAUGAAUGCACCACUUCUCAGCAGAGAAUUUCAUUUGCUAGAAUUUUGAUUGAAACUGAUGUUACUAGGGAUUUGCCAAAGACUGUGAGUAUACAGGAUGGGGUAUGAGUUACUUUUGAGCAAAAAAUUGUGUAUGAAUGGUUGCCUCCCUACUGUAAGAAUUGUAAGGUGGUUGGGCAUGUGUGUGGGGGGACAGGCAAGAACACCACUAGAUUUAGGCCAGCUGCAAAUGUUCAGAAGAAAGUAACCCAGAUUUGGAAGCCAAAACAGACUGAUCAGCCCAAACAAGCUGCCCAGAAUAUAGAGGGUGAAGGUCAUAUUGAUGGUGACCCUGUGCAAGAUGACUUAAGGCCACAGUUUGAUGUUACUAUCACUCCUAUUGUGUCUGUGCAGGAUGAUGGUUGGAGAGUGGUGUCUAGAAGGAAAGUGAGUGCUAAGAGUCCUGUGAGAAGUGUUGGGUUAGUCCAAGUUCACACAAGGUCAACUAGUGAGCUCAUUGAGGGGAUUGGGGGAGUGGAGGGGGAUUCAAAUGCUGUAACAUGAUUAUUUGCACCUGGAAUGUUAGGGGUAUGAAUGACCCUUCUAAAGUAGGAGAAAUAAGAAGGUUUAUGCAGCAGAAUAAUGUGAGUAUUGUUGCUUUAAUUCAAACUAAAGACAAAGAAAGUAAUAUAAAGAAAAUUCAGAAUAAAUUUGGGUAUGUGUGGAGAUGGGAAGCUAACUACUCUCACUCACCAAGAGGGAGAAUCUGGUUGGGAUGGAAGCAUGCAGUUGUUACUUUACAUGUAAGGUGUGUCACAAAACAAUUGAUUCAUGCCUGUGUUGUUGAUAAGAAGGGUGAUUUCAGCUCUGCUUUCACAGCUGUGUAUGGUCUUCAUUCAGUUGAUACUAGGAGACCUUUAUGGGCUUCUUUGGGUCAACUACAUCAACACACUAGUAGAAAAAACCCCUGUUGCACCCCCCUUGUUGCAGCGUACAUGUAUUAAUACGCUUCAACAACCAGUAGGUCAACGCGGGUCAAACCUUUUAAAGGGUUGUUGCAGCGUACAAAUUUAAUUGCCCCUUGCAAAAGAGUUUGUUGCAGCGUACGUUGUAAAAGCCCCCUGCAAUAACCCGUUAUUUUGCAGCGUACGGUGUAAAAGCCCCCUGCAAUAACACAUGUUCUAAAAAAAAUUCGCUGCAACAUAAGUUUCGUAUUCAGACCAACAUAUCAUCUCAAGUUCUCAACUCGCGCUCAACUCCCUUCUUCUUCUUCCCUCAGCUUUCCCUACGUCUCGCCAGUCGCUGGUGGUUCUCGCCUCCUCGCCAGUAUCCGGUGGUCUCUUUCCUCGCCUCCGAUCCUCGCCUCCUCGCCAGUGGGUCUUUUUCCACCUUGAAAAUUCCAGCCCGCGCUCAAUGCAGAUCUGACCCUUCUUCUUCGAUCUUCCCUCAGCUGUACGGGAAACACUGCAGACCUUGCCCCUUCUUCUUCUUUGAUCUUCCUCGCUGGCCCCCCUUCUUCUUCCCUCUGCGUUUUUUCUCUCUCCUCUGCUUCUCAGAAAAUUAGGGUUUGUGAAUUGAAUUGAAUUGGGGAUUUGGGAGUUAGGGAUCUUCAUAUCGGCGGUAGAGCACCACUCCACAGCAGCGCCGUGAGUGAAGGCCCGACAAACCGCAGUGGUGGUCGACACAUCCGAAUCUUAUUCAUCAGUUGAGGAUAGCAAUCUUCGAUACCCGAAGAUUGAGCUCCAUGAUUAUGAACCUCGCGUGUUUCCUCCGCUGGUGCAAGUGGAAGGUUAGAAUGAAUAGAGCAUGAAAAUUGCCCGUUAUAGGUUCUGCUGUGAUGUCAAAUGGAAGGUGUGAUCAGCUUGGUGGAAGUUAGUUAUACAGGGGUAUAAAUACAAAAGGGAAGGCAAACGUAUUCAUUGAGAAAAAUAUCAUUUCAAUUGUAAUUCCUUGGGAGUUAGUUGUCCACUCGAAUGCCAGAUAACUUUGUUUUGCUUUUCUACUAUCUGCAAAUUUAAUACCAUCUUUCUCAUCUCUCUUCAGCUCUCUUCGUAUAUCCGAUUCUCCACCUACUCUUAAUUUUUGCAACUAAAACUUCAUUCUACUUCAUGUUACCAAUGCAUCACAACAAAGUUAUAUGGUGCCUUUUCAAGAAUUAUGUCUUUAGGAA